CCCCAAAUAGACGCGUCGUCAGGAGGUGGGUGGUGGUGGUGGGGGAGGGGGUGUGAUAUGGAUCCGAGCAUUGGGUGGUUCCAGCCAGAACAGUUAGGUCCGGCGAGGAUACUUUGGGACAGGAUCUGGUCCACCCAGCAGGGUCUCCACAACAUGAAUAUCAACGAGAUCGACGACGACUCCGAGUCGUUCCCCAUGAACAACACGCCGGAGUACAUCCCCAUCCGUGGGGCCGCCGACGACGAGGAGGACGAGGAGAACGCCAACAACAACAACACUUACUACAACAGGACGAAGAGGAAACGCCAUGAUGCCAAUCGGGCAUCGACCUAUGGCCUCAACCAAAACUAUAGGCAUCUCAUCGGCCAGUUCGGGGGAUGCCCCUGGCGGGCGCACACCUCCAGGACCUACGAUCUGGGCGUCCAUGGGUUACAUCAAGAGAUGGAGGAUUUCUACUCAUGGAUGUGCCCCACAGAAGAGGAGCAUAAUAUGCGCAAAAGGGUUGUAGAACGUAUAGAGCAAGUCAUAGUUGGACUCUGGCCUCAAGCGAGAGUAGAGAUCUUUGGCAGCUUUCGAACUGGUCUUUACUUGCCUACUAGUGAUAUAGAUCUGGUGGUGAUUGGAAAAUGGGAUGCACUUCCUCUUCGUACCUUAGAGAAAGCUCUUCUAGACAAUAGAAUAGCAGAGCCCAGCUCACUCAAAGUCUUGGAUAGAGCGUCAGUGCCAAUUGUGAAGCUUACUGACAGUGAGACUGAUAUCAAAGUUGACAUCUCCUUCAAUAUGAGUAGUGGUGUCAAUUCUGCCCAGCUCUAUCAAGGAGUACAAGUCAUAUUUUCCAGCUCGCCAAAGUUGGUUAUGGUGCUGAAACAGUUUUUAUUGCAGCGUGACCUGAAUGAAGUCUUUACUGGUGGCAUAUCUUCUUACUCUCUUAUCUUGAUGACCAUCAGUUUCCUGCAGCUCCAUCAGCGACAGGAUGUGACUCAACCAAAUACAAAUUUAGGAGUGCUACUGAUAGAGUUUUUUGAACUUUACGGAAGACACUUCAAUUACUUGAAGACAGGAAUUCGAAUUAAUGGGGGAGCCUAUAUAUCAAAGGAUAGGUUAGUUUCAUUUAUGGGUGAACAUGUUAAUUACAACUUUGUUCAGUUAGAUGCUUAUUGUAAGUGUUUCAUUGAAGUGUAA